AGCCUGCGCAGGCUGCGGACAGAGAGCAGGGUCCCCACACUGAGUCUGUGGAUGCACAGCUGUGAAUGUUUAUAUUUGGUUUUGUACAUUUUUAAGAGCAACAUUCUAAUAUUUUUCAAGUUCUAAAUGUAGUCUGAUCUGUUCACGAAUAAACAAGUGGGAUUUGAAGUUUUUUUCAAAACAGAAACAGAAUUAAAUAGUGGUAUUUUUCGAUGAACCAAGGACAUAGGACUCCCAUCAUGGAUGUGACAUCGGAGUGGUUUGAUACAGCGAAUGUAAGAGCUCUGUUACUGACAUGUGUGAUCCUGUUGUUCUCCCUGCACCUGUGGCGGUGGCUCCGGCAGCCCUCGAUCCCCUCCCCGCCGGGUCCGCUGGCCUGGCCAUUCAUCGGGAACGCUGCUCAACUUGGCAGUGCACCACACUUGUAUUUUGCGCGCAUGGCGAAGAAAUACGACAACGUCUUCCAAAUAAAGCUGGGCUCCCGGACCGUGGUGGUGCUGAAUGGGGACUGCAUCAGACAAGCAUUGGUCAAACAGGGACCUGAUUUUGCCGGCAGGCCGAACUUCACCUCCUUCCAAUACGUGUCCGAAGGGAACAGUAUGGCGUUUGGCACUAUGACGGAUUGGUGGAAGGCGCAGCGCAAAGUGGCCCAUUCCACUGUGCGGAUGUUUUCCACUGGGAACGCGCACACCAAAAAGACAUUUGAGCACCACGUCCUCUGCGAGUUCAGAGAGCUGCUGCAGCUGUUUGUGGAGAAAACGAAGCGGGACGAGUAUUUCCAGCCCAUGACUUAUCUAGUGGUGUCCACCGCCAACAUAAUGAGCGCUGUGUGCUUUGGGAAGAGGUACUCCUAUGAUGACGAGGAAUUUCGGCAGGUGGUGGGCAGGAACGACCAGUUCACCCAAACAGUGGGAGCAGGGAGCAUAGUGGACGUGAUGCCCUGGCUCCAGUACUUCCCCAACCCCAUCAAAACCAUAUUUGAAAACUUCAAGAGGCUCAACAUAGAGUUUAGCAAGUUCGUUCGAGAUAAAGUUGUUGAACACAGAAAAACAUUCCAGUCAGGAACCAUCAGAGACAUGACAGAUGCAUUUAUAGUAGCUCUGGACCAACUGAGAGACAAAACAGCGUUUUCCUUAGGGAAGGACUAUGUGCCCCCCAUUCUUGGGGAUAUAUUUGGAGCAAGUCAAGACACACUGUCAACUGCCAUGCAAUGGAUCAUCCUCAUACUUGUCAAGUAUCCUGAGAUGCAGACACGUCUGCAGCAGGAGGUGGACAAGGUGGUGGACCGCAGCCGACUCCCCUCCAUUGAGGACCAGCUGCAGCUGCCUUACGUCAUGGCCUUCAUCUACGAGAUGAUGCGCUUUACAAGUUUCAUCCCUCUCACCAUUCCCCACUCCACCACCACGGACACCUCCAUUAUGGGUUACACCAUACCAAAAGACACUGUCAUCUUCAUCAACCAGUGGUCCAUCAACCACAACCCGUCCAUGUGGGAACAUCCAGAGACCUUUGACCCCCAGCGUUUCCUGGACAAGAAUGGAGCCCUGGACAAGGACCUGACCAGCAGUGUGCUCCUCUUCUCCCUGGGUAUGCGCCGCUGCAUCGGCGAGGAGCUGUCGAAGCUGAAGCUGUUCCUCUUCACAGCCUUCAUCGUCCAUCAGUGCCACAUCACCGCGGACCCAGCCAGACCUCCCAAACUGGACUACAACUAUGGUCUAACUCUGAAGCCUCAUAGUUUCUUCAUAGCAGUGUCUCUACGUGAGAUGACUCUGCUAGAAGCUGCCACCAAGCUGCCCCUUGCUGAGGAGGUCAAGGGUGAGCUGUCAUCAGACUCCCUAACAAAAAAAUGAAUGAAACACAUAAUACACAAAACUACAACUCAUUUCUGUUGGCUGAAAACUUAACUUACAAGCCUAAAUCUCAUCAACUUCUUAUCCUUUAUUGUUUUAAAUGCUUAACAUGAAAGUGACUUGAGAAUGAUUAAACAGUUGUGAUCACUGAGUACUAACUUCUUUCUAAGCACCACAGUGUCUGACAGAAAGAGUUGUGGCAUCAGUUUCAUAGCAGACAUGGUGUUGUGCACCUUAGUUGAUUCUCUUACAAAAUCAAACACAACCCGACAUAGCAAUUAGUAACUUCUUUUGACCCAUCAAGGCAGAGGACUGCAGUCAGCACAUCAGCAGCGAAGAGCUUGAACCAGACCUCAGCAGGAGUUGGAAGCUUGAAUAGCUGCUGUAACACACCCUUGUAAUUUUUGUGUUUCUGUUAAAAUUUUUGCUGUCUGUAUCUGUGAAAAAUCUGCCUGUAAGUAAUUAAUUUAUCUUGUUCGCUCUUUUUAUUCACUUUUUGUUGGUUUUCCUAAUAAGGGUUCCAAACCCUUUUUUAAUGUAAUAUGAAAUGUCUCAGAACACACAAGUGUUGCUAUUUGAAGAUAAACAAUCAAAACUGGAGUUACAAGAUUUUUUGUUUCAUAAUUUAAUCAUCUAAGUUCAGCUCCUGAUCAAUGCGGUGAUUAGUAAGUUUCGUGGAGUGACUCGGCUCUAAGCCUAUAAAUUCUACUAAGAUAAAAGUUUCAUUACUAACAUAAGACCUGUGAAAUGCCAAAAGCCAUUUUAUCUACGGUGCUUGUGAAAGGCAUCAAAUGUAUUCUGAAACCCCCUGUAGUUGCUGUUUGAAAGGCAAAAGGUACAAAGUACUAUGUGUCUGUGAACUGCUGUCCAAUGGAGUGUUAGACCAGUGUUAUUUAGCCACAAAGAUUUUGUUAAAGUUUGAAUGUUGAAGAAUGCUGCUCUAUGAAAAACCUAUCAUUUAUUGUCCAGGCUCAAAUGAAUUCUUCUUUUUGUAGUUUUAUUCACAAAAAUAUUCAUGCACUGGCACACUUGGGGGCACUUUUAUUUUUUUGUAGACUCAUCUAAACUGCAGUCUCAGCAUGGGAGACUAAUGCAUCGAGAGUAAAAUCUUGGAUUUGAAUGUUUGCUGGCGUCUUGCAGAAGCAUUUCGGGACUAUGUAAUCCAGUUUAAGAGAAAAUAUCAAAAAUAUCCUAGUAUUCACAGUAUCUUUACCACAGAUGCUUAUUUUUAUAAAACUGUAUGAAUUAUGAGUGAAACAAUAUAUUACUGCUCAAUGUAGCAGUACAGUACUUUAAGCUUUUGACUGUACAGAUAUCUGUGAUGUUGCUCUACUGAGUGUUUCUUCAAUUCCCCUGCCUGAAAGUUGUUUUAAAUAUAAUAA